AUGUUCUCACAUGGUCAAGAUGGCGACGAAAGGCACUGGCAGCACGUGCUGCAGCUACUCGCCCACCCGAACGAGGCCCAGCAGUUGGCGUGUUUGACGGAGCUGCAGCAGUGGCUGUCUUUUGCCACCGACGAGCACCUUGGGUCUUUCCCGUUGCAGCGUGUGCUGCAUGCACUAUUCUUGCUGCUGCAGAAGAGAACAGCAGGUUCAGCUGCUGCUGGCGGCGGCGAGUGCGAUACUGCAGCGGCAGACGCAUCCGAAGCAGCAGCAGCUGAAGGUUCGCAGGAAGCUUUGGAUGAGCAGCUAGCAAGAGAGCUAGCUGGGGGAGCAGACGACGAUGGUAUGGCAACUCAGAAGGACCUUGUGAUCGGCUCCUGUGUCUACUUGCUGCUGGAUGUACUCCCCAUGCAAACAGCAGCCGUUAUUGCCCGGACGCCUGAGUAUAUGGAGGCUUUGAAACACCAGCUAUCGCAUCUUCAGUACAUUGACACAGGGGAGAAGUUUCUGCUCAUUCUCUGUCGCGUCAUUGACGAACAGCCGCUGCUGUCCUUCUUGUCGGGCGCUGCUGCUGCGCUGCUCCCUAUCCUGGACUUCUUUCAGCUGGACAUACAGCGCAAGGCCGUGAGGGCAGCAGCCAAGGCGCUUGCUGCUGCUGCUGCUGCCACAGAUAAAGCAGUCGCCGCAGCUGCAGCAGAAGCCGGGGCAAGGAGACAAACCUUCUUUCAGCAGCAACAGCGCCAACACCAGCAGCAGCGCUCUGAGCAGCAGCAACAACAGCAGCAGCAGCGCGUAGCCGCUCAGCCGGUAGCUGCUGCCACUGCCGCUCCGGGACAGAGCGACAGGGCCGAGCCUGUUGCUGCUGGUGGAACGAGAAGCAGCUGCAGCAACAACGGAAGCAGCAAGCUCGAGACUCUGAAGGAGCAGCUGGAACACCAUUUGCAGCAGGAAAAGCAGCAGCACCGGGAGCUGGUUGUACAGCUCGAGGAGUACCGCAGCCUUAUACACCCAACUCUCCCCUUCUUCUCUUCACUUCUGUCUUACAAGGACGAGGCUUUGCUGCAGAGUUGGCGUUCUACUUUGACAAUUUUUGUCUGCAUGAACACUGCAGCAGCAGCAUCAGCUGCUGCAGUUGCUGGCCUUGAGUUCGCUGUUGCACAAGCAGCAGUAGCAAUAGAUGGCGAUGGGAGCAUGGAAUUGGGCUCCUCACAGCAGCAGCAACAACAGCAGCAGGACGAGGAGGCUGAUGCCAAGUGGCUAUUGGUUUGUCAGAAGGCUUACGCCGAUCGAAUGGAGCUGCUGGCUAGCGAGCUUGCUGCAGCAGGGUCAGAAGCAGCAACAGCGCUACAGCAGCUGGUUGCACGUACGGUCACGGAAUGCAGCAGCAACGCCCUCGCGUGGCAGCAGCAACUUAUGCUGCAGGACGCGAUGUAUGUGCUGUCUGUGUUCGCUGCUUACUCGGACAAGAUUGCAGCAGAGCUGCUGCAGCAACAAAUGCGAACUUCAGACUUUCAAGAGGCUGUAAACAAACUGGUCAAGAGGCAGGAAAUGCUACUGUUGGAGAGCGUCGCAGCUUUGGGAGUUUCACUCCUCCCAGCUGUUCGCUUUAAACUGCCGUUGCAGCAGCCGCCAAAGGAGAGGCGGGUGGAGACAGAAGCGUCAGCGAGAGCAGCAGAUGUGCUGACAAUAGAUCAGAACCGCGCUGCUGUCUUCGCGAAGACACCUGAAUUACUUGGUCGGGCUCUGCACACACUUGCAGCUCCAAUGCUGUCUCUUAUGGAGUCAUCCGUAACGCGAGACCUCUCCCGCUUUGUUCUGCAGCUGCUGCUAGCCGCUGCUUGCACUGCAGCAGAACCCUGCAACAACCAGCAGCAGCUGCAGCAGCAGCUCGUGCUUCACCUCGAUCUCAAGACCCUCGGAGAGAUCUGCGCCCACACGCUCAGCAUGGGGCAGCCUGAUGCAUUGAACUUUGUCGUUAUGAAUCUCGUGCUGCAGCUGCUACUGCAGCACGGUUCCGGUGCAGCAGUAGCUCUCCAGGCAGCAGGCGUGCGGGACCGUAUAGCGGCAGACCAUGGGAGCAGCAGCACAAGCAGCAGCAGCAGCGACAGUGGUGCAGGCGAACAGCAGCCGCAAAACGUUGGGGAUGGAUCCACGGGAAUUCUCCGUUUUGUCAUCAGAGCAGCAACUGCUGCUGCUGCUGCUGCUGCAGGCGAACCAAUAGCAUGCGUUGACUUGAUCGCUUUGCUGCAGCAGGUCCGGGAGGCCUGCCUUUUUAUGUUUGAGCAGCAGCUGCAGCAGCUUUCUCACCUUGGCUCAGCGCCGCCCUGCAGCACGCAGCAGCGGCUGCAGCAGGUGGCUUCUUCACUGACGCAACAGGUGAAGCAACCUCUACCAGCAAAACAGCAGCAACACCGGCAGCAGUGGUUGGCUCUUGUGGAAUUACGGAAACUCUUGGAAGACCCCACACGGAGUAUCUCGGCGUGCGAAAUCAUCAGUUCGCAACUUGCGGAUGCCCUAUGCUGCUACCUUCUGGGCGCAAGCAGUAGCAGCAGCAGCAGCAACAACAUUGGAAACAGCCCCUGCUGCAGAGGCAGCUGCCGCUGCAGCUCUUGCAGGGAGCAGCAAGAACUCAGACAGCGGGGGCUGCUUUUCUUGCGCGCGUUUCUUUUCCCUUUGACCGAUAGCCCCCCUCAGGUGCAGGAGCAAGAUCAUAGUGUUCUAGAGGGUGUUGACUGGUCUGCUGCGUCUCCGGAUUUGCUGCUGCGGCUGGCGAUGCUCGCAGCAAAAUGCUUGAGCCGCGUGGAGCAGUUUCCUGUGCUGCAACAACAGCUACCGGCUGUUGCUGCAGCAGCACGGGAUGUGCUGCCUCCCCACUUGCGGGCCUUUCGACCAGCCGCAGGAGGAGAAUCGGCGGCAGCAGCAGCAGGCAGACAGCCAAGCUACCGGGCAGCCGGGCUACAGCAGCGGCCACGCGGUCCGAGAGGCCUGCGCGCCCUUCAACAAAUGCAGCAGGAACACCUGUCGCACCCUCCGGGUGACUCCAGGCGGCAGCAACUGCUUCAACAGCAGUUUCUGCAGCAGCCCGAUCCUUUCCUCGUUGUGCAGGACCUGCAACGAGACCUCAUUAUCGUUGCAAAAGAUAUUAAGGGCGAGCAGUCUCUAUCUGCUGCAAGUAACAUCGGCGCAGUAGAUACCGAGAUGAAGCCCGCAGCAGCAGCAACAGCAGCAGAAGCAACAACUACAGAAGCAGAGGCAGCACGCCCACCAGCGAGGUCAUCAAGGAGACGCUUUCGCAGUCGCACCGGCGGCGGCUGUCGCUCCCCUGCGCACGUGACUGCCGAUGCUGCACCCGCAACAUCUGGUGCAUCAGCUUCAGCAGCAGCAGCGGGCACGGGGAUGGAAAUUGCAACUGCAGCAAGAAAGAGAGAAACAGCAACAACUCCACAGCGGGCUGUGCGUGGCGCGCGAUCCAAGGCAACGGCAGCAGCGGCUGCUGCGACGGCGAAAGCCGGCACAGGGGGAAGCACCAGCAGUAGUAGCAGCAACGCAAACAGUAGCAGCAACAACAGUAGCAGCAACAGCAGUAGCGCAAACGCCGGCAACAGCGGCUGCUUGAUAAAGCGACGCCGAGGACAGCCUGGCAACAGCAGCAGCAGCAGCAGCAGCAACGCGCCACCACCUUCUGGUGCGUCCGGAGGGGCAACAUCAGCAGCGGUAGCGGACAGCAGCACCAGAGACGGGCCCCGCAGAGGGCGUGGGACAGUUCACCCAAGAACCGCAUCAGAUACUACUGCCUUGGCCGCCCGGCGGACGCCUCUGCAGCGCAGCAUCUGUGGCAACAGCAGUAACAGCCACACUACUGCGGGCACCGGAUUAACGCCGAUGAUGCAGCUUCAGGAGCUGAUGCUGCAGCACCAGAGGGGCAGCUUGUUUGGGGAUGUGAUACCUUGGGGUCGCAGGUUCACCAGCAGCAUAAGCAGCAGCAGUACACUGGUGGUAGACUGCAGGGCUCCAUUGUCACGCGUUGAGACGGAAAUCAGACGAACAGUGCAGACCGCUGGGCGUGCACCGUUGCAACAGCUGCAGCAGCAGCAACCGCAGCAGGCGGAGGAUUUUGUGCGGGAGUCUAAGGCGGACGGGGGCCAACAGCAGCAGCAGCAGCAGGAGCACCGGCAACACAAGCAGCAACAACAUAGGACGACUAAGAACAAAAAGAAGCAGCAGCAGCAGCAGAAGCAACACGAACAGGAAGAACCCAGCAGCAGCGACACAAGAGCAGAGGACGUCUUGAGGCAACGGGGGUCGCGAGCUGGCCGCUCAUCAGCGGAGGGCGAGGCUUCCCAAGAGCGGCAGCAGCAGCUGACACAGGAGGACGAAGUGAACUCCCUAGACAGCAGCGACUCGAUGGAUGUGGACAGUCAUAUCAAAACAGGGAGGCAUUCUGGGGACAACGAACCCGAGUACAGGGACAGCGCUAGCGACGAGGAGAUUCUCAGCAGCAGCGGCAGCAGCAGGAGCAGUGAAGAAGGCGCUAUGAUUUUUGAGGGGGAAGAAUUAGCAGAUAGCGACAACAGCAGCAACAGCAACAGCAGCUGCGACAGCAGCCCUAGCGAUGGAAGCAGUGGAGACGAGUUGACGAGAGGACCAGAGAGGGGAGAACAUGAGGAGCCAGUGCAACGCAGUGCUGCUGCAGCACCUCCGGCCGCUAGUGAAGUCGCUGUCGGUUCAGCUCAGGCAGGUGAAGCAAGGCCGGCUCGUGCUUCGCCAAGAGGAGACGGUGCCGGUCUGGUGCAGCAGCAAGACGCACUUUCUGGUGGAGCGGCUGGUUCCUCCGAGCCCAGCAGCAGCUGCUGCUGCAGGCAUAGUCUAGCAGCCGUGGGUGCUAUCCAGCUGUACGUACACUCCGUACCUGUGCCACCUCAGAUGCCUGUAAUGGAGGCUCUCAAUCUGUAUGGAGGGUACGUUGCUUUGGCCAAACGCAGCAGCAGCAGCUGUUGUGAUAGCAACAGGAGCAGCGGGUGGUUUGCUCCCGCUGGUGGCGCGGCGUACCGCCGGCUACAGCAAAUGCUUCAGGGGGGCAGCAGCACUUUUGAAAUGCUGCUCUCCACAGCAUUGUUGGCUGAUCUUUUCCCCAGCAGCAGCGGCGGCGGCAGCAGCAACAGCAGCACAGCCAGGCAGCGAGAGAUAGACGCACUGCCGGCAUUUCUCGAUACUAGGAGGCGUGUAUCUGUUGCUCCUGCUGGCGAUGCAGCAGUGCACACGGACAGUGCUGACCCACCCUCUGCAGCUUCCGCUCCUGCGACGAGCGGCACGGGAAGGAGGGGACGGAGGAGCAGCAGCGGCAGCGGACGGGGGGUGCUGCAGGUGGAUCUCGGUGGGCGAUUCUGCAUUAUGGCUGAAGAACGCGGAGCGGUAGCCCAGACAGCGGCAGCAGCCGCCGAAACAGCCGUCCAGGGUAAGUCCCUUUGGGACAAGGCCCACACCAUUGACUACCUCGUGCUGCCUGCCGCACCAAAGACGGGGAGCAGCAGCAGCAGCAGUGGCAGCAGUGGCAGCGAGCUGCUUACUACUGAGGGACUUCGGUUGGGUCGGAGCACACCGCUUGUCACAUCUCUUGUACAUCCGGCGUUGGGCGCAGAGCGACUGUUACAGCAACUGCAGCAGGAACAGCAGCAGCACCAGCGGGAUGCUCUCUCAACGUGCUGCGACUCAACAGAGCCGCAGCAGCAGCAGCAGCAGCGGCAGCAUCGCUUGUUGGAGGAUCUGGCGGGAUGGUGUGUGUUUCGCACCCAAAAGGAGACAGCCGCAACAACAGCCUACUUAAGGGGGGACUGCAGCAGCUGGCACCGUCUUGACUUGCUGUUGCAUGCGGCCUCAGAUGAAGCUGCUCCACUCUUCUACGCACUUCCUUCUGCAGGCGUCAGUGUUACCCGACGCAGCAGCAGCAGCCUUGGCAAGCAGGCUAGUCCUGCUGGAUCUAAGGGAGCAGCAACAGCAAAGCCCGUAGUUCCCGCCUCUACCGCAGAACCUGCAUCGGCAGAUGGGGACUUACUUCUUCCGAAUGUGUUUGAAGAUGCAGCGGCACCUGCUGCACCCUUUGUAGUUUUGUUGUUGUACCUGCACAACCUCCUACAGCAGCUGCCGCGGCUGUAUGCAUUUGCUUCCAUCGCCAGCACCAGCAUUGUGGGCGACUCGGACAGUACAGCAGCAGCAGCAACGGCAGCAACGUUGUUUAGAGCUGCUGCUUCUUCACGGGGUCUGUGUGAGCAUCCUCUAGGGCUGUGCAGCAACAGCGGCAGCGAAGCAGCGGGAGCAGCAGCAGGGACAGACGUAUCAUGCUGGAGUAGCGUAUCAACAAAAGCUGGAGCUGUUUUGGCAGAUCCUGUUGCAGCUGUGACUAGCCAUAGCAGAACACCGUAUUGGUUGAGGAGAUUAGUGUUUGCGUGCCCAUUUCUUUUCCCGUUGCAGUUGAGGCUGCUGCUGCUGCUGCAGCAGCAUCUAGGAUCGAUGCGAGGCCAGUUUGUCUACAAAGUUCGGUUGAAAGAAGCAGCAGAACUGCUGCUGGGUCAGCGGCAGAGCAGCAGUAGCAGCAGCAGCGGUGUGCAGCCGCUACUGAAUAUUCCCACUACUGGUAUCAGCAGCAGCAAGGCCAUGCUGCUUCAGCGGCUGCGGCCGCUGCUGCAGCUGCAGGGAGCGGCAUCUGGAGGAAGCAGCAACAGGCGCGAGCAAGAAAUUCUGGCAGAUUUGGAAGGCGGAGCUUCGCUUCCGCGGACAAAGGUGAAGAUGCCACGUUCCCACCUAGUGGAGAGCGCCGCCAAAGUAAGCGUAGAACCUUUGGUAAUGGACCAUCUGCUGGCGAGUAACCGCGGUAGUGAGGAACAGCCUGUGCUGGAGGUGGAGUUCGCAGGGGAGGAGGGAGUCGGCCAGGGUCCAACGAAUGAAUUCUAUGCAGAGGUGCUUGAGGCGCUGCUGUCUUGCAAGGAUCCCGAGUUGUUCUUGAGCUGCAGCACUGGGGGAGGGUUAUUCCCUCGCGCAUAUUUAACAGAUAUAUCUCGCGUCCCCGUAGAUAUGCUCCGGCGUCCGAGAGUUUCUCCACUUGUGCAGCAGCAGCAGCGGAGAAUCAGAAGAAGAGCCAUUGCCAGCCGAACAGACCGAACAGACCUGGUUGAAGGGGCAGAAGAUAUGGAGGAGGAUUUGGAUCCCUCCAGCAGCAAUAACAGCAACAACAGCACCGGGGUUUCCCCUCGGCCUGGACCGGAUGCAGCAGCGGCAGCAACAACAGCAACAGAAAGUGGCAAAUUGGAGCGCCAGCUGUUCAGUCACUUCCGUUUGUUGGGACAGCUGGCAGCGAAGGCGUUGGUUGAUGGCCGCAGCAGCACAACAGACACGGGCCUGCAUGCGUUUUUCUGGGAGGCAGUUGCUCGCCCACGGCUACACCAGGAACGGCUCAAGCCCUGCAACUGCAUGGAGCCUGCGGCGGGAACGGAAUAUGUGGAAGGAGCAAAUGCCGCAACGGCGGGGCUUCGGCUUGGUGCCUGUUACUGCGGAUGCACUGCCGCUGCUGUUGCCGCUGUUGCUGCAGUUGACGAGGCCCUUGGGAGGUCCUUGCAGCAAAUGGUGCAGCACCGAGCAGAUGGAAAUGAGGUGAAAGAUAUGUGCUGCUCGUUCGUACUUCCUCAGGGUGGGGGAGAGGCACUGGUUGAAGGCGGCGGUAAUAUGCUUGUCUCCAACGCGUCUCUGGACUUUUUCAUUCAGCGGUUGGCGUUUGUACUGCUCGCUGAGGGGAUCUUCUUGCAGGCCUCUGCUUUUCGUCUGGGAUUUGGCUCUUUCUGUCCCCUUUCUGCCCUUUCGCCGCUGUUACCGAUGGAAGUCUCGUCAGUUUUGUUUGGAGACAGAGAAAGGACGAGACAGGAUAGAUUCUGGACGCUAUCACACUUAAGGGCACACGUGGCGCCCGAUCAUGGGUUCACAUCGUCGAGCGCGGUGUAUGGGCACUUCCUUGAGGUGUUAGUGGAUUUCAACCCUGCGCAGCGAGCAGCCUUUCUCAAGUUUGUGACGGGAUCGACCAUUUUGCCAGCCGGCGGAUUUGCUGGGUUCCGGCCAUUGAUGAAGGUUGUCCGGAAGAACCCUGCCGCGGGAGGCGGGGGCAGCGACUGUUUGCUACCCAGUGUGAUGACUUGUAGCAAUUAUAUCAAACUUCCCAACUACUCCUCCAAGCAGAUAUUAAAGGAAAGGCUUCUUCUAGCCCUAGAGGAGGGGCAGGGUGCAUUUACACUCUCAUAG